AUUUUUUAACACUUUUUAUAUAAAUAAUUUUUCUCGAGAAAAAGGAAGAGAAAAGCAAACCCUAACUCCCGUCUAAUGAAUUGAAGAAUAACAGCUUCCUUCUUCGAUCUUCUCAACGCCGUCUCCGUCUCCGCUUCCGCUUCCGCCUCCGCCUCUUUCUCGGCGAUCAAAUAUCGAGCUUAUUCAUUCACUCAGUGUGCUGAAUUGUGCCGUAUUAAAAAGCACAAAUAUGUAGUUAUCUGUUUUCUUACUGGUUUAGGAAUGGACCAAUAUGACUUUCAAGGACAGAGAAAGGAGAUGAAGCAUAAAGGAAGAAAUGUUGUGUGGUCAAUUGCAAUGGACAAGUGUCUAAUUGAAGCUCUUGCGAUUCAGGCUAGAACUGGGAAUAAAAUUGACAAAUGCUUUAAUGAGAAUGCAUACUCCGCUGCCUGUUAUGCAGUGAACUCUCGUUUUAAUUUGAACUUGAAUAAUCAAAAAGUUGUUAAUCGUCUAAAGACAAUUAAAAAAAGAUAUAAGGUAAUGAGGGAUUUGCUCAGUCAAGAUGGAUUUCGUUGGAACCCAAAUACGAAGAUGAUUGAAUGUGAAGAUGAUGAUCUAUGGAAGAGAUACCUUGCGGUGCACCCUGAUGCAAGAGGAUUUCGAGGAAAGCAAAUUGAGAUGUAUGAUGAGCUAAAAAUUGUUUGUGGAAAUUAUCAAGCACCUAGUCGUUGGGCUAAGACAAAGGAUGGAAGCCAUCCAACUGAAAUUAAGAACUGUGAAGAUGAUUCUGCAUCAUUUCUUUCACCAAGUUCUGAAGACGUAAGUGAUACAGAUGGAACAGAAUCAUACACUGGAUCCCCAGAGUAUAUGCAAGAUGGUAGUCAAGAUCCUCCUCUUGUACCACCUCUGAGACAACUUCCAAAGCGACCUCGUGGCUCAGAGGCUCUUCAGGAUGCCAUGUUGGCUGUUGCAUCCAGCAUGCGGCGCUUAGCCGAUGCCUUGGAACGCAGUAAAACUGCAAUUAAUGCCUCAGAACUGUUGGAUGCUGUGAUGGAGAUCGAUGGUCUGGAAGAGGCAAAACAGAUGUAUGCUUUUGAGUAUUUGAACGCAGAUCCUAUUAAAGCCAGAGCCUUCAUGACAUACAAUGCUCGAAUGAGAAAGAUAUAUUUGUUUCGACAAUUUUGGUGGUGGAAAUGACUAGGGCCUAACCUUGGGAUAUUUUUGGUAUAUAGAUUUAUAGAAUCACCGGAAUACUUCAUUGGUAAAUGUUUAGUCAUUAAACGUUUUUAAUUUCAAUGUUUGAAGGUGAAUGUACAGAUAUUAGAUGUUCUCAAGGUUAGCAUGUAUGGGUAGAAAGAAGUUGGUGACACAGAGAAAACGUUUCCAGAAAACAAUUCCAGCCUCAGUUCUGAAGUGAAGCUAGCUGUAGAUGUAAGGUCAUCAUCUUCUUUUCUUGUUUUUCUUGCUUAUUCGCAUUGUUUCUCGCAACAAUGUACUUGUGGACAUUCAUCUUUUGGCUUCCCAUUAUAUAAUUAAAUGUGCAACGGGCUGCUGUCUACUGUUUUCAGUUAGCUUUUUG